GACGAAUAGAGUACGUGGGAUUACUAUAAGUGGGAAUACGUACACAAAGAGAGUGACAUUGAAGAAAACUUCAUGGCCACGCUUCUCUACUUGUCGGCCCCCAUAUAAAAGCCCCUUUCUAUCAGAGUCUUUGUCCUCUGCUACUUCAAACAAAACACUCUCAGUUAAACUUUACUCUCUCCCAUUAUGGGAGAUACGACGUCGUUUUCGCUUGCUCCCGGUACCCGAUUUUACCCUUCCGAUCAACAACUCAUUAGCUACUAUUUAUCUUCAAAGAACUUCGCUGAUCACCGGAAUGGCUUUGUAUUUGAUAUAAUUCAGGAAAUUGAUCUCUACAAUUUUAACCCAUCUAGCUUGCCGGAUUCCGCCGGAUUCCGAUACGGACGCGGUGGUCGGAGAAAGCACUGGUUUUAUUUCGUGGCUAGGGUUUCGAAGGGAGGGAGGAGAAGAGCUGUUGGUGGUUAUUGGAAGAAGAGAGGUAGAGUUAGGGAUGUAGUGGAUGCGGGUGCAGGGAAAGUUGUGGUGGGUACGCGUAAAAGUUUUGUUUUUUAUUCGGGGGAUUGUACUAAGACCGAUUGGUUGAUGUAUGAGUACGCUUUAGCUGGUCAUCCUAUGGCAUCUUUUGUUCUAUGCCGAGUAUUCAUCAAAUCUCAUCAUAGAAAUAACUUGUCAGAGCAUGUAUUUAGUUCCAAUGGUGAAGAAACUGUCGCCACAGUACGCCAUGUAGGUAUUCAAUUUGAUGGAUCAGCUGCAUUGGCUACUGGCUCUAAAAUGCAUGGUGAAAAUACCAUUGACCAGGAGAAUGAUGUCUCGAAGUUACCUAGUGGAUUAGUUACCGACUUAAAUGGUCACGCUGUUACAGAAAAUGUUGCUAAGCAGAUUGAUCUUGAGAGCGACGGACCUCCAGUUCUCAAUGAUUUUUCUGCUCAGGAACAGAUAGCCAUUUUAGAAGAAGAUUUUAUAGAGUUGGAUGACCUUCUAUGCCCGCUACCGGGCAUUAACUAAAAGAAAGUAACAACAACCAUCCCAAAAGUCCAACGGCAAUCCCAAGCAAGUACCAUCCUAACAAACUCGAGCAAGUACCAUUGAUAAGAAUCCCAAGCAAGUUCUAUCAACAAGAAUCCCAAGCAAGUACAAUCAGCAAGAAUUUGAACAAGUAACAAUCAAUAACAAUCCCUAGCAAGUUAUGUUUGGAAAUUACUAGCAUGAAGUUUAUGCCAGAUCAUAUCAGUAAAAGAGACAAAAAUGGUAUUCAUGUUACUUUUUAGAGAAUUAGAAAGUUACAUUUAAGAUGUCAUAAAAGAGUUACAGUUAUCAAUUUGUGAGAUCACCUCCUACAGUGACAAUCAUUGUAGUAAGUCAGCUCAAGAGAAUUAGAUUGGGUGGUUAAUUGCUUGCAUUAUGCCGUUGUCUGGAUGGAUAUCUUGACAGUUGUCAAAUUAUGAGGUCAUGUCUACAAUGUGAUGAUAUAUGCAAAUCAGCUCAAGAGAGUCGAUUGGGUGAGAAACGAGGCUCACAUUUUACCGUUAUACAAUUAGCUGUAAAUGACUGAGAGUCAUGUCACCUAAUACACUGUCAUGAUUGAUGGAUAUCAGCUCAAUAGUAUUAGACUGGGUGAAUGAUGCCUCCCAUUAUAGGGUAGAUCGGCAGCCACUCACUUUAUACAGUUUCAUGAUUGCUGAAGAUCAGCUCCUGGUAAUGGAUGGAGUGAGUAACAAGAACAUAUUGUACUCUUACACAAUUACCUGGAUGGAUAUGUCGCUUAAUACAGUGUCAUGAUCCUAAAAAUCAGUUCAAGAGAAUUAGACUGGGUGAAUGUCCCUUAAUACAGUUUCAUGAUCCUAAAAAUCAGUUCAAGAGAAUUAGACUGGGUGAAUGUCACUUUAUACAGUGUCAUGAUCCUAAAAAUCAGUUCAAGAGAAUUAGACUGGGUGAAUGUCACUUAAUACAGUGUCAUGAUCCUAAAAAUCAGUUCAGGAGAAUUAGACUGGGUGAAUGUCACUUAAUACAGUUUCAUGAUCCUAAAAAUCAUUUCAAGAGAAUUAGACUGGGUGAAUGUCACUUUAUACAGUGUCAUGAUCCUAAAAAUCAGUUCAAGAGAAUUAGACUGGGUGAAGGUCACUUAAUACAGUGUCAUGAUCCUAAAAAUCAGUUCAAGAGAAUUAGACUGGGUGAAUGUCACUUAAUACAGUGUCAUGAUCCUAAAAAUCAGUUCAAGAGAAUUAGACUGGGUGAAUGUCACUUAAUACAGUGUCAUGAUCCUAAAAAUCAGUUCAAGAGAAUUAGACUGGGUGAAUGUCACAGAAUACAGUCUCAUGAUCCUAAAAAUCAGUUCAAGAGAAUUAGACUGGGUGAGUAAUGGCAACAUUAUAUGGUUACCUGGAUGGAUAUAUCAACAGUUAUCAAAUUCUUCUGUCUUUUCAUACAGUUUCAUGAUUGCUCAAAAUCAGCCUUGGAUAAUAGAUCAGGUUGGUAAGGUCCAUGGUUCACAAUUAUGCAAUUUCCUGGAUGGAUUUAUUGUAUAUCAGUGAGAGUUAAAACACUUAAUACAGUGUCAUGAUUGCUGAAAAUCAGCACAAGAGAAUUAGACUGGGUGGGUAAUGGUUUUUUUGUAACCUGGAUGCAUAUCGUAGCAGUUAUCCAGUUAUGAGGUCACUUCAUACAGUGUUAUGAUUGCUCAAAAUCAGCUAAAGGUAAUAGAUCGGGUCAGAAAAGUUCAGAUUACACUUAUACAAUUGGGUGGAUGUCUUGUUAUAUGGGUUGGAGUUGAAUCACUUCAAGAAAUGUGAAGAGUUCACAACAACAGCAACAACUGCUAUAGCAAUCACUUAGAUGGGUAUCUUGUAUAUGGUGAAGAGUGAACAACUACAGCAAUAACAUGGACAGAUAUCUCAUAUAUGGUGAACGCUUAACUACAGCAGCAACAACAUGGAUGGAUAUCUUGUUUAUGAUGAAAAGUUAACAGCAGCAACAACAGCAAGAAUUAUGACAUAUACCAGGCAAGUUGGAUAGUGAAGUUAACAUGUUGCUCCAAAAGCAUAGGGUGUGACAAAUAUGUCAGGACACCAUUGUCUGUGGGAGGUAGCAGAUGCCUGGUUGGUUUGAAUAGUCGAGGUGUACACAAGCUAUAGCCUGAAUGCCGUUAUUGAAAAAAAUUGUCAGGACACCAGGUUCUUGCUUUCAAGACUGGCAAUUUUGGCUCCUUGAUAAUAGACAGUAACCUUGGUGAUAUAGUAAAGAGUAGAUGGAUGGCAGUAUAAAGGUUAUUGGUACGCUUUGGCGAGCUUUGAGAUGAAAGAUAAAAUCUCUAAAUCACCUUUUUCUGCUUUACAAGUCUUGCAUUUCUAGCCGUUGUGCUUAAUAGUAGCUUGUGAAUAAUGUAUAACUUUAAGUUCCAGAUAAGUCUGGCUUUAGCAAAUCCUAGUACAAGACAGUAGCAUAAUGAGAAUCUGCUGAUUCUCUUUUACGUCAAGUACUUUGGUAUAUGUACUAUAUGAUUCUGUAGGAUCUUUACCUACGCGCUGAUGGUAGUUUGUGAAGCUUUAAACUGUUGUUGUUGUACUAUAUUAGCACUACGAAUGCAGAGGAACUAGUUGUAUUACUUUGGA